AUGCUACGCCGCGCUUGGAAGCCGUUGACGGCAUCCGUCGCUAUUGCUGGCCCCGCGUACUGGUUUUACUCGACACGGCAAACGACCAGUCCUGAAACUUUCGAUCUCCCGGUCCGCGUACAAGGUCCAGACGGCAAACCGGUGAAGGUCAUGCGGACUUUUCCACUCCUCCCAAAGUCUACCAUCGAAGCGCGCCUCACUGAACAAGCCUCCCUCGAUACGCAUUACUCCGCCCCCGACGGUCGUACAUGGAAGUCCACUACGGCGCGGGUGGCGUCAAAUGAUCCCAUAGAAGACGCGCACUCGCAUGGGCUACAUCCCAGGCUUCCUGGUGCUGCGGACCAGCGCAUGUUCUUCGCUGUCAUGGACGGUCACGCAGGCUUCCAUACAUCGCAGCUCCUUUCAAGGAUACUUAUCCCGGCUGUGGCGCUGGAAUUAACGCAGGCCGCCACUUCUGGCAGCUCCAUAUAUGAGCGCGUGAAACUCGCACUCUCAUUCGCAGCGUCGGGUCCCUCCAAGGAGUUGACACCCGAUGCCACGGCGCGCGCUGUACAGAAGGCUUUCACCGAUCUGGACUACGAGAUCAUAUCGGCUCCUCUGAAACUCCUUGUAACAAAUGUGGAUCAAGCAUAUCUGAGGAAGGGGCUCGUACCGGACCUCAGCCAGAACCCCAUGUCCCUACCCGUUAUGCAGCCUGCGAUGUCUGGAAGCUGCGCUAUCAUGGCGAUCCUUGACCCCGCGGCGCAAGAUAUCCAUGUCGCGUGUACUGGAGAUGCGCGCGCCGUGGCGGGAUACUGGGAGGAAACUGCAGAUGGUUCCGGACGCUGGCGUGUAGAGGUCAUGAGCGAGGAUCAAACGGGCCGUAAUCCCAACGAAUUGAAGAGGAUACAGUCUGAGCACCCUCCUUCUGAGACGGACGAUGUUGUAAGGAGAGGUCGCAUUCUGGGCGGUCUCGAGCCAUCUCGUGCGUUUGGAGAUGCACGCUAUAAGUGGCCUGUGCCGGUACAAGAAGCGUUGAACAAGGCAUUCCUCGUCGGCAAUGGUAUUCAGAUGCGCACUCCGUCGCAGCUAUUGAAGACGCCUCCAUACGUCAUCGCGACGCCUGUGGUUACACAUCGCAAGAUGACCCUCCCUUCGACAGACACCACGGAUCCCUCAAAGCCCUUGAAGUCAUCCUUGAAGUUUGUUGUUCUCGCCACGGAUGGUCUCUGGGACGAACUUUCGUCAAAGGAAGUGGUUACGUUGGUUGGAGGCCAUUUGUCCGGCCUGAAGGGGACCGUGUCUUCGGAUGAUCUCGCGAAACUUGUGCCGACAAGCGAAGGUAGCAAGGGCGUGCAGGGAAAGGAAGACCGCGGUUCUAGUGCGAACGGCCCAUGGACGUUUGUGGAUGAGAAUAUAUCCUCCCAUCUCAUUCGCAACGCAUUCGGUGGUGGCGAUGAGGGCGCACUCAGACGAAAGCUCAGCAUACCGCCUCCGCACUCGAGGAGAUACCGUGACGAUGUGACUGUCACCGUAGUGUAUUGGGAGGAAGGUGCUGGUCAAACUGAGCCGCCACGAGCGAAGCUGUAA